CCAAAACUUUCCCCACGCUCAACAGUCUCGCACGGCUGCAACCAACAGCUGUCGUCUCUGGCCUCCCUCCUUCUCUCGGGUGCCUCUAUACAGUACGCAUCACGGGUUCGGCACAAUGGCCUGGCAUGAUCAGGACAGCUGGCUGACGGCCGCCUUUGCCCCAAAGCUGUCGACCAUUGUGGUGACGCUGCUGCUGACCCUCCUACUCCCGAUAUUACUGCAUCACUUCAUCUACAGAAGGGCCACCCCGACCACACUGCCGACAUUCCUCCUUCUCGGCCCCAGCGGCGCUGGAAAGACUGCGCUUCUGACUCUGGCGGAACGCAACCAGGUUGCCGCGACACGAACCUCAACUUCCCCCCUGGCCGUCGAAGCGCUUCUCCCGGAAGGCUUCACUCCCGCAUCCUCGCACUACCGUUCCCCAGGCGAUCCUACCUUUGAGCGCUCUCGCUGUUUCCUACUAGUCGACACACCUGGCCACGGAAAGCUGCGGCACUUCGCGACCGCUCAAUUAGCCGAUCUUAGCAAUGUUCGGGGCAUAGUGUUUGUGGUGGAUGCGGCCGCAGUGGCCGAGGAAGCCGGCCUGAAUGAGGCGGCAGGCUACCUUCACGAUGUUCUACUAACGCUUCAGAAGCGGUACACUGGCGCCAAGACGAGCAAAGGACCGAAGGAAAUCCCUGUUCUGGUUGCUGCGAAUAAGGAAGAUCUAUUCACUGCGCUCCCCCAGCACCUGGCCAGAUUGGAAUUGGAAAAGGCGAUAUCACGAAUCAGGAAGAGCAAGGCGACAGGCCUGAAGGACUCGGGGGUUGCCAUGGGUGGCGAAGAAGACGCAAUGGAGGACGAGAGGGAAUGGUUAGGUGAGGGAGGCGAGGGCCCGUUUGAGUUCCAACAGAUGGAGGAGGUAGGCACAAGCGUCACGGUUUUGGGGGGUAAUGUCCUGGGUUCCGAGGGGUCCGACGUCAAGGGCUGGUUUGAAUGGAUUGCGGAGCACCUCUAGGGCGUUGCAGUCAAGCCAUUUUGCGCGAAUAGUUGUCAGCCAUCCUCUAUGCUGCCGGAGAGGAUCCCAACCGUCCUAAUCUGCAGAUCAGGCGACCUUCCUCUGAGGCCGCCGUCACGCCGGUGAGACAUGCGAAGCAAGCUCGAUGCAGUAGCAGUGGUGCUCUGCAGCGCCUGGGAACAUUACUGUUCGAGAAUGCAGCAGAAGUGACUGUAGUGGUGGAGUAGGGAAGAACAAACGCAUGCACUACCAGUCCCAUGGCCAUAUCUCGCUAUUUGAUUCGACUUUUCCGCAGCCUCCCAAUCUACUGGUUACUGGUCAACGGCUGACCGUUUACAUGUGAGAGUAUAUUGCUUACACCGGUCAGUGCACCCAGCACAGGG